AUGGUACGCCUACUGCAGACAAUAGGGCACCUCCUCCCUUACCACCUCUUCGCAUACGGCACUUUACUAGGCACGCAGCUCUACCAGACCUUCGUCAAUACAAAGCUAUGCUUCAAAUACCUCCCCAUGCGGGAGUUUCUCACGCUACAGAAACGCGUUUUUCCCGUAUACUUCGCUUCGCAAGUUGGAUUGGUGGUUCUCACCGCCGCAACGCACCCGCCUUAUAGUAUUAUCUCGCUGAUGAACGAUCUUUGGAGCGCGGGGCCAUUACUUGUUGUUUUGGGGACGGGGGGUUUGAAUUGGGUGGUUUAUGGGCCUCGGACUACGACGGCGUCGCUGGUGAGGAAGGCUGUUCAUGAUACUAAGGAGAAGCAGCAGGGCGAUCAAUCUGAUGAUGAGGGUAAGUUUCACCGGGCAAAUAAGGCAUUCACAUUCAACCAUGCGAUGUCCAUUCAUCUCAAUGCGAUUUCGCUGGUCGCAACCAUUUGGUAUGGUUUUACGCUCUCGUCCUAUCUUCUCGAGGGACUUUAG